AUGUCAGAUCUCAUUGCCGAGCUUUGGAAAAUUGAGGAAAUCAAGGACGUUCUGCUCAUAGCUAGGCAGAAGGAUGCCAAAUCUGUCAAGAUCAAAAAGAAAAAGGAUAAUAUGAAGUUCAAGUUUCGCUGUAACAGGUACUUUUAUACCCUGGUUAUCACAGACAAGGAGAAGGCAGAGAAGCUGAAGCAGUCCCUACUCCCAGGGUUGGGAGGGAAGGAGCUGAAAUGA